AUGUCUGGAUCGUACUGCAAAAGUUUGUACCCGUUCAGCGGGGAGCAGCACCAGCAGGGACUGAGCUUCGAGGCCGGGGAUAUCAUUAAGGUGGUCCAGGCUCUUCCCGGAGGCUGGUGGGAAGGAGAGAAGGAUGGAGCCAGGGGGUGGUUCCCCUCAAGUUACGUCCAAGUCCUGGAGAGGACAGCGUCUCUGAGUCAGCUUCCCGUGGAGGACCUCAGAGACCCCCUCCCCCCCCACUGGAAAUGCUACAUGUCACCACAGGGACGGCGAUAUUACGUCAACACAGCGAGCAACGAAACAACAUGGGAGAGGCCGUCCAGCGCACCCGGGACGCCCAAGAACUCAUUCCGACACAAGAACUCUCUGCCAGCAGUGAAUGGAUUUCACUCAGGUGGGAGUCCCUUGCAUCAUGUGGAGCUCUCGCACAACAGUUUGGUUCGGAAGAGCAGUACAGAGCCCCAGAGCCCGGGAUCCACAUCGCCCACCAGGAAGCAGCACAAGGAGACCACGGUCACGAUUAACUGUGUGACUUUCCCGUCACUGGCCUGCAUGCCCGAACAACAGCUGCUGAAACCAAACGAAUGGAGCUACUGCGACUACUUCUGGGCUGACAAAAGGGAUCCUCAGGGAAACGGCUGCAUCACUGGAUUCGAGGUCUUGCUGCAGAAACAGCUGAGGGGCAAACAGAUGCAGAAAGAGAUGGCCGAGUUCAUCCGAGAAAGAAUAAAGAUAGAAGAAGAGUACGCCAAGAAUCUCUCCAAGCUUUCCCAGAUCCCCCUUGCAGGCCAGGAAGAAGGGACUUUGGGGGAGGCUUGGGCCCAGCUUAAGAAGAGCCUGGCAGACGAAGCCGAAGUUCACCUAAAGUUCUCUUCGAAGCUCCAGAGCGAAGUGGAGAAGCCUCUGCUGACUUUUAGGGAGAACUUUAAGAAGGACAUGAAGAGGUUUGACCACCACAUCGCCGACCUGCGGAAGCAGCUUGUUGGGCGUUACGCAGCUGUGGAGAAGGCCCGUAAAGCCCUGGCCGACAGACAGAAAGAGCUGGAGUUAAAGACUCAGCAGCUGGAGAUCAAACUCAGCAACAAAACCGAAGAGGACAUCAAAAAGGCCCGCAGGAAAUCCACACAAGCAGGAGACGACCUGAUGCGCUGCGUGGACCUCUACAACCAAUCCCAGUCCAAGUGGUUCGAGGAGAUAGUGACCACCAGCCUGGAGCUGGAGAGGCUGGAGGUGGAGCGGGUGGAGAUGAUCAGACAGCACCUGUGCCAGUACACCACCCUACGGCACGAGACGGACAUGUUCAACCAAAGCACCAUGGAGCCCGUGGACCAGCUGCUGCAGGGCGUGGACCCCUUCAAGGACCGAGAGCUGUGGGGCCCCGCCAACGAGGACCGGGAGACGGGUCGGGAUCCAUAA